UGUGAGGAUGAAGCACUCUUUGCUCUGCAUGCUGAAGUUAUUCUUCUUGAUUUUAGUGCUCCGUACAUUCUUCUAUGGAAAUGCUGCAGGUGACCUAACAAUUCACAACCUGAAGCAAAGCGAUGCCACUGUAGAAGUCUUCAACAGUGAGGGUGAAGACAAAAUACAUCAAGUCACAGCAAAACCAUUACAAGUUGUACAGACAGAAGCAGUAGAUAAAUCACCUCAGGACGUCUUUGGAUACCUCGGAGAAAACAUCACAUUGCCCUCAGCAGUCGACUCAUCGUGGAGUCUCAUCAGAAUUGAGUGGUCAAUAUUCACCAACAUCACUUUGAUUGCCACUUAUCGCAACGGGAAAAUAAACACUGAACGUGUCCCUCAGUACACAGGGAGACUCACUCUUAACACAACAUCAGGUGACCUAACAAUUCACAAACUGAAGGAAGGUGAUGCCAUUGAAUACACUGUAGAAGUCUUCAACAGUGAGGGUAAACGCAAAACGAAUCAGAUCAAAAUUACGGCAAAACAAAAGCUCCAGCAGCCAUCCAUCCAGAUAGUCAUGAGCACAUCUGUAGAAAGUGGCUGUUUAAUGGUGGUGACCUGCUCUUCUCUGGAUAAGGGUGUUAACCUCUCCUGGAGUGUUGAACCAGCAAGUGUGCUCACUAUCAACAAGAGUCAUCCCAGUGACAGCUCUGCACAGCUUUUUGCAUUUGUCAACACCAAAGAGAACUUUGCCAGUUUUACCUGCAUCUCCAGCAGAGAUACAGAGAGUGUUUCAUCCAAACCUGUCACACCAAAGUGUGAGAGUAAGAUCUGUGGUCCAUAAAAAGAUUAGUUCAACAAAACUCAAGACUCACGAACAACAUCAACAACAAAAUCUAACUCAUCAACAUUUUGACAACGUUUAGAGACCUGCCAGCAUCCAGAUCAACAGCAAUUCUAUUAAACAAUGACAUGCUGUUGGUUUAAUGUCAGCACUGGAAGAUUGAUAAUAUGGUUCAUCUUUGUAUUAAAAUCUUAUUGUGUUCAUUUGUAUGUAGUAAGUGGAGGUUGUAUGGUGUGGGACAUUGUUUCAUCGAGACAUAAUUUCGAUAUUUUAUUAGACAAGUUUGAUUCAGCCUCUUUUUUUAUUUCUUUAACAUGUACCUUCACUUUUUUUCAAAAUUUUUAUAUGUUAUCUCUACAGCUUACUGGACAUGCUUAUUUUUCAUUUCAGUAAAAAAAAAAAAACUGUUAAAAAUGUUCAGAUACAACAUGAAGCCAAAUCAUGAUACAGAUUUUACAGAUUCAAGUCAGAGAUCAUGGGAGAGAAAAUUUUGUGUACAAUCAAAGUGAUUGUUUUCUGUAGGUGAUGUUUGUGGGUUUUUUAUACUGUGUACAGUUUAAUGUGUGUAAAAUAAUUGUGGUCCUUUUAAAAAAGUAACAU